AUGGCCGUCCCGUCCUUCAUCCGCCCAUCAGUGGCGCGAGAGAUCAAGACGAUUGACAUGCACACGACCGGAGAGCCGGCCAGGAUCGUGUACUCGGGCUUCCCAGACAUCACCGGCACCCUGCUCGAGCAGCGAGCCACGGCGCUCGCCGAGCACGACCACAUCCGCCGCAGCCUCAUGUUCGAGCCGCGCGGCCACCCCGACAUGUACGGCGCCGUGCUGCGCCCGUCCACCGAGCUGGUCGACGCCGGCGCCGCCCACAUGGGCGCCCUCUUCCUGACCCACGAGGGCUACAGCACCAUGUGCGGCCACGCCACCAUCGCCCUCGCCCGCCUGCUCGUCGACUGCGACGACCCCUCCAUCUUCCCCCGCCGCCCCGACCUGCCCUUCGACCCCGCCACCCGCACCCUCGAGCUGCGCCUCCACGUCCCCUGCGGCCUCGUCCGCGUCACCGUGCCCGCCGUCCAAACCUCUUCCUCUUCCUCCUCCUCCUCCCCCUCCACCCCCACCACCUUCCGCACCGACCCCUCCCGCCCCCGCAUAACCUACCUCUCCGUCCCCAGCUUCGCCCUCCGCCCCCACUCCCCGCCCCCCUGCAUCCCCAUCCCCCCCUCCCUCCGCUGGCCCCAACUCCCCGCCCACACCACCCGCAUCGCCUCCGCCGCCCUCUCCUACGGCGGCGCCUUCUCCCUCAUCGUCCCCGCCCCCGCCCUCGGCUUCCCCGCCACCGCCCUCACCGCCACUUCUCCAUCCCAGAUCCCCGCCCUCCGCCGCGCCGCCACAUCCCUCAAACGCGCCUUCAACGCCGACCCCGCGCUCCGCCGCACGCUGCAGUCGCACCUCGACCCGGGCGUUCCCGCCGAACUGCAGCAGUCGACGGUGUACUCGGUCUUCGUGACCGAACCCGGCGCGGGUCGCGUCUUGGACGGCUGCGCGGGCGCGGAGACGGGCCUGUGCGUCUUCGGCGACGGCCAGGUCGACCGCAGCCCGACGGGGAGCGGGGUGCAGGCGCGGGUGGCGCUGGCGGUGGCGAGGGGGGAGCGGCGCGUCGGCGAGGGGUGGGCGUAUCAUAGUCUCGUGUCGAAUGGGUUUGGUGGUGGGGGGGAAGGGGGGUUCGUGGGGAGGGCGGUGGAGGAGGUCGAGGUCGAGGUUGGUACGGCGGGUGGGGGUGGGGGGGAAGAGGGGGGACGGGAAGUGGUCAAGGGGGUGAGGGUCGAGGUUAGUGGGUGGGCGAGUUAUACGGGGUGCCAUGUGUUUGUGGUGGAGGAGGGGGAUGAGAUCGGGGCUGGGUUUUCGUUUGAGGCGUUGGGGGGGUGA